UAAAGCAGGAUGAAAUGGUCACCAUAGCCACAUUGAGAUUUUGGCAACUACACCCAUCACCAAUUCUUUGGAACUGAAACAGUUGAGCCAGUACAACCGAGGAACAAAACUGAAACAGCACUAUCGAACAGAAAGGCCUAUAUUGUUCUACAAUUUUCCGACUAAAGUCACCAAGCGUUUGCUAUCUUCCUGUAUACUAUAGCUUGAGAUCUCUGCACCACCUGCAUCUAAGAUAUCCCUGACUAGUAUUGUGAGUAAGAAUAAGGAAACAUGUACCAUCAGACGAUUACGAACGCCUUUGCCUCGCUGAUUUUGGCGGCAACACUACUUUCGACGAUGAUGUUAUCGUCACUGACCGAGGCUUGUGGUUCGAAAGGAAGCUCGGAUGUUACAACACCCAAGCCUCAAAGAGGUGGUAGACCUGGCGUACAGAGACUUCGGCGCGAGUUGGGCAUGGAUUGGAAUGACGAAACCAUAGCCGCGUCGAACCCGGAGUCGAUUUUGACAGACGAGCUCGUUCACCUGCUUGAACAGGACAUCGACGACGGGGAGGUCACCGUCAUUGACUGGGUCAGCGAGGGACAUUCAGUUCAUGAUUUUUUGAAGCUCUUAAACAUCUUCGACAAGGAUGGCGAUGAUCGGAUAUCAAUAUCCGAGAUUGUCAACGUGAUCAAAGAACAAAGUAAACCAAGUAUUACGCUUGUCUGAAACGACGAAACCGGAACUACUGUCCAGAUACAUCGUCUGCUUCUCCCGGGAUCUCAGACGGUCACACCAAUGAAACCGACUUCAGACCGAUCAAAGAUAUACAUCAUUUCAAAUAGCGUAUUAUCGAUCGAUUUAUACAGUUUCGUUGGUGUGACUGUAACAUAUAGCAGGCCUGCCUGUUAAAAUACGACGCAAACAUGAAGCAUUUUGAAAAGAAUGGAUCCCAAAGAUUCUUGCACAACUCUUCGAAAAACCACGGAGUUUUGAUACAUCCAUGGGAGCACCUUGCACAAUUAUUAAACUAUAGAUAUUAAUAUUUAUCCAAUAUUAGAUGUAAAAGGAUAUUUGUUGGGUAGAAUAACACCAAAUGCUCUGGAAACCUUUAGUAAUGAGCCUUUAGUAAUGAUAUAUGUGUAUGAAACGUUGACAUGAAAUUUACCCAACAAAUACAUGUUCCAAUUUCACACAAGAAUUAGUAAAAUUUUACAAUUUGCUUUUCUUUUGUAGUGUAUGUAUAUAACUGAUCAUUGAUUUUUGUCACCAGAAAUUCUAAGAAAUUAAGGAAUACUUGGUAUUUUCUAUGUUUUAUGUAUCUCACUCAUCGCUCUAAGAAUUGUAGUUAAAUUCCACAAAAAAGAUCUUCAAAUCGCCGACUUUUAAGACAUUGCUAUAACAAGUAUAUUUCCGUUAUUGCAAGGAUUAAUUUUGACCCAAGUUUAUUUUUUUUUCAUCCACUGUAGACAUUGCAUUGUGAAUAGAGACAGACCAAUCCCAGUCGCUUUAUUGUCCUUUUAGUGAAAUAUUAAUUUGGUUAGGCCUAUUUCUUUCUUCGUAAAAACAUUGUCUUUUUACAGGGAAAAUUAAAAGGUCAUUAAAAGGUCUUUUAAAGAUGUUUAAAAAUGAAAUAACCUCUUGCAUAUUUUUCUCUUAAAAUUCCUUCUUUGAUACGGAGAAGACACUUCUUUCUAAUUUCGGUUCAGCCCUACUUCAAUUAGAUCAUUUUCGUCACCUGGAAUUACAAAUUUGCAUAUUUAUGCAUAACCCUGCCCCAUUAUAAUAAUAAUCAUCAUCAUCAUGCAACUGUUAUUUAUAAUUAUUCGCAAGAAUGUAUAUCCGUCUGCUAUGUGACCUGUCUGUUUUUGACGUCUAUAAUCUAGAUUAUAAUGAAUCAAAACAUUCAAAUAUUUUUUUUUUAUAUUUAAAAGUCAUUAUGCAUCCAUUCAUCGGAAUCCUAAAACCAAUUAUGUGGCAACAAAAUAAUUUAUUUAUGUACCAUACACGUAAUAGCCUAAAACAACUUCCUCAUUUGUAUUAAAGUAUUCCUAUACAUUCCAUGAGGACUUGUCACUCUUCUUCUUCUCUAUAAGUACAGGCCACCGUCUGGCGUAUUGUCGUACUCUUAGUCCUUUGAGAAGUAAAAUCAAUAUUUGGGAUAAAAUGUAUAGGACCAAUUUACACGUUUGGAGUGAUUUUUGCGAUCGCAUGGGUUCUCUACGUUUGUAUGCAUGCCAUAUAUGUUUUUUUGCCAAUUUCAAAUCCAAUCUCGAUGAUAUUUGUACUGUUCUACUUGUUUGAUAUUGCUUGAAACCGGUUCAUGCUUUUUUAAUUGACUUGAUCUUUAAGAAGCCUAAAAUGCUGAAAUAAAGACCCAUGCUAAUGGAGGGACCCCCCCCACAAAUAUAUAAAUAUGAAGGUGAUAUAAGCCUUGCAAUGAUCAAUGAUCGAUAUAACAGUCCUAUUAUUUUUGUUGUUGUUGUAAAUGGUACUACGGAAAUGAUGUUUCUUGAUAUUUAUGUAUAUAUAUUUAUUGUAUUCAAUGUAAGUAACCUUAAUUGAAAUAUGAAAAGGCACGUGAAGUACAAAUUGGAAUAAUUUGAAUGAUGAUGAUUUUUUUAAAAUAAACUUC